AUUCAAUUGAACCAGGAAACGCGACAGUUUUUAAGGACAGCUGUUAAAGGGAAUACGAAAACAUACGAGCUAUUAAUGUGAGACUUCCAGCAGAGCGCCUUGCCCCUGGCAUCAGCCAUGGCGUGUUGCCUUCGCUGUCCCAGGCUGUGCACCUGCUCACUGGCCUACACCCUGUGUCUGGGCCUGUGCUUUGUCGCUCUCGGGACCAGUCGCAUCCUGCUGCUCAAAUAUUCAGCCAAUGCAGCAAACAAGUAUGACUUCCUCCCUGCAUCUGUCAACUUCCUGGCGGAGGCGAUCAAACUGCUCUUCUGUCUUGUCAUGUCACUAAGGGUCAUAGUCCGAGAGGGACGCUCAUGCAGAGAACUGGCUUUCUCUCCUGGUCCGCACUUCCUCAGUUUUCUCAAGUGGUCCGUUCCAGCUUUCCUAUACUUCCUCGACAACCUCAUCAUCUUCUACGUCAUGACCUACCUGCAACCUGCCAUGGCUGUGAUAUUCUCCAACUUUGUCAUCCUGACAACAGCCGUACUCUUCAGACUGGUGCUGAAGAGGCGCCUGUCCUGGGUCCAGUGGGCGGCGCUGCUCAUCCUGGUCCUGGCUAUCGUCUCGCUGACCACAGGCUCGGCAGAGAGCCAGCGCUCCCUCCCCGUGGCGGGGCUACACGCCAUCCCCCUGUCCGCCCCCUCCAACUCCUGUGUGCUGUACACCCAGCUUCUGGAGCAGAUGAGGAACAGCAGUAGCGGCGAGUGGUGGCCGACCUCGCCGGCAGUACGGGCCUGGAGGGACAACCUGGUGGUCAGGCUGCAGUCGCUGGGCAUCGGCCACAUCCUCCUCCUCCUCCAGUGCUUCAUCUCCUCCAUGGCCAACAUCUACAACGAGAAGAUCUUCAAGGAAGGGAAGCAGCUCACCGAGAGCAUCUUCAUCCAGAACAGUAAAGUUUAUGCGUUUGGUCUGGUCUUCAACGGCCUAACCCUGGGGCUCGGCAGAGAGGCACGGGGCCUCAGCCUACACUGUGGACUCCUCCAUGGCCAUAGCAUCUACUCUCUGGCUCUGGUUCUGGUCACUGCUGCCUUGGGUCUGUCGGUGGCCUUCAUCCUGAAGUUCAAAGACAACAUGUUCCACGUGCUGACGGGUCAGAUCACCACUGUGCUGGUCACGGGCCUCUCCAUUUUCCUGUUCGAGUUCCGGCCCUCGCUCCACUUCUUCCUGCAGGCGCCCGUGGUGUUGCUCGCCAUCUUCGUCUACAACGCCAGCCGGGCCAAAGACCACCAGUACAACCUCCUGCAGGAGAGCGCACGGGGUGUCGACGGGGAGAUCUUCGAAAGGUCCAGAGGGGACGGCGAGGAGCUGGAGAGGCUGACUAAGCCGAACACGGACAGUGAAUCAGAGGAGGAUUCACUCUAGCCCGACCCUUGCCCUCGAUAAAUCAACACAUUGGUCUUUGUAUCAUGUCUGAUACUUUGCCACACAGAUGUACUUUUCGUGCCAUUCCGUAUCUGUGUUUAUGCUUCAGUGAGAAGAGGCACAAUGUCUUAAAUGACCCUUUUGGGUGCUCUUUUGGGCAUGUGCCAUCAUUUGUCGCUGUUAUUGUGACUGCAAUAGUACUGUACAAAGCUGUUCAAAUGUGCCUGUUCAUAAGUGGUAUCUUGCUGAUACCUUAUGCUGUCACUGAUAAAAGUUAAAGAAGAAUCGUGCACUCUGAAACAAUUGACCCUUUUCACAGCACAUCAGUGGGAAACACGGGAAAGCCUUCUACCCGUGCCCUAGCACAUGAGGAGCAGACCUGACUUAGUGUCAUGGAGGACACCUGGGUUUUUUCUACCCUGGUGCCUCUGUGAAACCAGUCCAUUGGGUAUUACUUUGAUUCUUAUUGGAGGGAUGGGGCCAUGAUGUGAUGCUCUUGAUGUAACAUUUAACAUCAGACUUCUACAUUUCUUUUUUUAUUCUUAAUUGUAUGGCAUGGAUUGGGUUAAUCUUCUCCUGUGUGUGUGUGUGUGUGUGUGUGUGUGUGUGUGUGUGUGUGUGUGUGUGUGUGUGUGUGUGUGUGUGUGUGUGUGUGUGUGUGUGUGUGUGUGUGCGUGUGAGAGAAAAAUAAGGGAAAUAAGGGAUGAUGAUCAUUGUUGUCUUUCUUUUUUGUCUGUAACUUAUCGAACCUUUGCCUGAAUUUCUGAAAAUAAAUUCAAAUGCUACUGACCAUAUCAUGUGUGCAGUUGCAGUUGGAAUGCACUCAUAUAAUUAUAUUAUAGGUGAUUUUGGCACUUUUCCUCAAUUUGAACAUGUUAAAAAACAUGUUAUCAAAACAAAUGGUAACUAAGUGAAAUAGUAAAUCUAUCACUAUACUUAACACUCUUUGUUUGCCUCAGUUGCUUGCACAAUGCAUAUUCCCAGAUCUGUUUAUAUUAUGUUGCAAUGGCACUGACUUUCCAACGACGCACACACUGAGUGUUGAGACUAUUGGCAAUUUGAGCUUCGACGGUGCAGACUUCAGUGGAAACCUCGCCCUGUGUACUUUUAAAUUCGGAAUGUGGACAAGUGGUGUAACGUAUGCCGCAGCUGGAUUCGGGGCUGUGCAUCACACUGCAAGACGUGAUGGAACAGCCCUUCUGCAUCACUGCUCGCAGUGGCAACACUGACCACAGCAGCAUUAGCCAGCAGGUCUCUGUGUAUAGUAAGGUUGGUCUUAUUUUAGAUAUUUUUUGGCUUUUUUUCUGUUCUUGGCCCUUUCUCCAACUACUGCUGUGUUUUCAAAAAAAAAAAGAAAACACAUCAAAUUAAAUCCUUUAGGAUGAAUUCUUACGAAACCGGCCACUCACUCAGAUUCACUGACUGAAACUUCAAUGUUGGUAGCCUUUCAGGAGGUCACCAGGGUCACGCAAAGGGGUCUUGGGCCCUGUUUCGCACCCUGCUUCUCCCUGUCCAACAAGCUGCUCAAUACUAAAGUGGUGAACCAAUAUACCUACUUUUGAAAUUGUAGUCACUUUAUUGCACAUUACUACUUUAUUAGGAAUAAUCAUGCCUACACUUUUAUUUAUGUCCAUCAAUAAACAUU